UUCAAGCCCUGCAUUCCUAUUGGGUGGGAGGAUUCAAAGACUGGAAACAGAAGAAAUGGAUAUAUACCGAUGGAUUAUUGAUGCAGUACCCAACGUUCAAGGAAAUUCACAUGAGCGAACGAGAUAAUUGGACAUGUUUGCUCAUUGAUGGCGUGAGGAAAAGAUGGAAAGCAGAAGACUGCAUGGAACGUCGCCCGUUUAUCUGCGAAACCAAAUCGAUAGCAUCGGUUGUUUUGCAUGUUGUGGAUAAGAAAGUGAAGAAAAAGAUCACGAUUGACGAGUGUAUUAGCAAUUCAGCUACAUUGACUAACAAACAGAGAAGAAAGUGCCUCAAAUUGCUGGAAGGAGAUGCGAAAAACACGAAUCAAAACGUUUUAAAUGAACCGGCAGCAGUAAGAACAUGUCCGAUAAUACAUAUUCGGAGGGAAGCAAAAAAGAUACUUUAGAAAACGAAAGCAGAGGCGCAAAAGCAACAUCAUAUAUACAGAUGAUGCAAUCUUUACAGCAACAUCUUGGAGGAUUAUUUUCGGCUCAUUCUUCAGAGCUACCAAAUAACAUAAACUUACCUUAAACACUAAAAACACCAAGUUCAUGCUGAUCCAUGGAAACCCAAGUCGAUGUAAUAUUCUUAUAGAGAAUCAAACAACCGAAGGAGUAGAGAAAUAUACCCACAAUACAGUUAUAUAAUGCCAAUGUAUAAAAACUUGAUCUGAUGAUUCUCUAACUAU